CGAUGCACGUCCUCGGCUGAGGGUGCAACGAUUUUAACGGAAUUUCGCGUCCAGACCUGCUCGCGGGCGCAAUCGUUCGUCUUCGAUCACGUCGCGACGAUCUCGCGUUCGACCAGCUGGUGAACACACCUUCGUUGGAAGGCAGAACACGACGCGAUGUCCCAGGAUUAUCAGCACGCUUGCGAGAGGGCGGAAUUACUCGGCCUACCGAGGCCGACCGAGGAGGAGUGGAGGAAGACACAGGCGGCGGAGGGUGGAAAUCGCAACAGCGAUGACGACGCAUUACAGGACUUGGAUUACACGGACGAGACGACCGGGCGCAUCGGCGGCGGACUCGACGAACUGAACAGCAUUUUGAGCACCACGCAGAAGAAGCUCAACAGAUUCAAGAAUGUCUGCGGCAGCCUCGGCACAUUGCUCAAGGUGAAGGUCGGCUCCCGCGGCGGCACGCCGCAUCACAAGCCCGAGGACCCCGACGCGAAGCAAGAAGCCCAGCAGGAGCCGGGAUCCGCAGAGACUGCGGCGACGGAGGCUGCGGACGAUGUGAUGACGGUGGAGACGGCCGCAGAAACGAAUCCUGAGAGCGGCGAUGUCCAGCCGAGGCACAUCGAUCUCAACGAGAAGAUGGGCUCCCAUCUGGACAAGCUGGACUCGCUGAUCUCGAAGGCCGAAAACGCUCAAUACAGCAUGCAGCAUCAGACGAAGCAGAUGCGGAAGUUCAUGAAAAACUAAAAAGUCGCCGCUCGCCGCUGCGAGCCGCGUCGUCACCACUGAGGUCGGCACGUUCUGCAUCCUCAUUAACGAAUUACACCGCGACGUUUACCUACGUACCACUGCGAAUAAACGCGGGAUUGAUUGUCCUCAUAGACCGAUUUGUAUCUUCCAUUUUGAGCUUAGAGAAGUUUUACGAAGGGAGACGAGCGGUCCCCUUCUCCACCGGCAAUACAUAUAUAUAUAUAUAUAUAUAUAUAUAUAUGCAUUCUGUCCGCGCGUUUAAUUUAAACAUUCGAAUUUUUUGGCUGUCAACGACGAAUCCUCUCACGUUUUGCCGCACGAAGAAAAGCGCGUAGUGUAGUAUAAAGGGGGUAAACUCGUGAGAUAAAUAACCGGCCAACGCGUCAAACAAGGAGAACCCGUUGUAGACCUUCGAAUCAUGAUCGUUGCAUUGCAUGUGUGAAGUUUAAUUGUUGCAUCGAAUAUCGGCUGGAUAUUUUUAUCGUGAUAUAUUUUUGCCGACGGGCGAGUAACUGUCGCAAACAAUUGUUAUCGAUUCUUUUAUAUAUAUAUAUAUGUCGCGCGACGUUCCCUCUAUCGCUGAGAGCCCAAUAUUGUUACAAUAAUAUACGUGUGUUGUACAUAUAUACAUAUAUAUAUAUAUAUAUAUAUAGAUAUAUAGAUAUAUAUACAUACAAAUAUUGUUGACGAAUUUAGUAUCGUUAUGUAGACGUACCAAUGUAUAUCCGAUAAUUCGGGGCUUUAUGCUUGGAUCAUUGACAAUAUCGACAUAUCAGGUGUAAGGGAUACGAAAGGGGUGGAUUGAAGAAGCGCGCGCGCGCGGAAUCGAGCCGAUGAUAAAUUUUCCUACUCUUCGAACAAUGUGAUAAUUGUUUUACAUCGAUCUAGAGAUCGCAUCUCCUACGAUCCGAUGUAUAUUUUAUCAUCUCUCGAAUAGUUUGCGCUCUAUUUUUCUAGAUCGAUAAGUUCCGACAUACCGCGUCGUAAAUAAUAAUGUAGAAGGCGAGGGGCUAUAUUUUAUUAUCGAAUAUAGUUUGCUCUAUUUUCCUCUCUCUCUCUCUACCUAAGUUUAGCGACGUCGUACCGAUAAUAUUAGCGAUAGCGGCUCUACCUGUAAGUCGAUACACGUGUAUGUAUAUUCGCCAAUUCUCGUUGCAUCACACAAUUCGAAGCAAUAAAUUAUAUUAAGUGCCUUGCUUUCGAUUAUCUCUUCGUAUAAGGCGCGACAAUUCACGGAUUUGUAGUCCCCUCUACGAAGAGGAUUUGGGGAUGGGAAACCCGGGAGGGGAAAGAAUUCCUCAUAUAUAAUUAUAUAUAGAAUAUGUCUAUAUAUAUAUAAAUAUAUAUUUACAUAUCAUAUAUAACUAUA